AACACACCUGACUGUAAUUAAUGCCGCUCUUUCUCCUCACAGCUUCUUAUUGUCCUCAACAAAUGAAGGCCCGUGAACAAACAGUGAUUUUCCUCUCCCUGUUGUCGGGUUUUCUGUCUGUCAGCGGAGCUCUGAAUGAUGGAGAGAGAGAAAACAGGGACUCACCAGGAGGAGCUGGGCUGGUGGUGAGAUGCGGAGAAGUCAACGUGAUGAUCUCUGUGAAGAGACAGUUCUUCGAAGACAGACGGAUUCCGUUCAGGCCUGAGUUUCUGAGACUUGGAGCGACCAAGACACAGCAGAGAUCCUGCGAACCAACAGUGUCAGAACAUGAGAUGGUUAUAUCUGCUGGACUUCAAGACUGUGGGACUAAGGCCAGUGCACAUCCCGAGGGGUUCGUUUUUUCCAACCAGCUGUUCCUGAUUCCCCCCGUCACUCCUGUCUCUACAGGCACUGAGAUAGUCAGAGGGAUGAGCACUGUCAUACCUGUUGAGUGCCAUUAUAAAAGAAAGCAGACAGUACGUGGAGAACCAAUAACCCCAACCUGGCAGCCCAUGACUUCCACUAUCAGCGCCUUUGGCCUCCUGCACUUCUCCCUUCAUACCAUGGAAGAGGACUGUUCCUCUCUGCGUAGUUCCUCAGAGUACCAGCAGGGGGAAGCAGUGUUUUUGGAGGCUGGUGUUGAGGCCCCUCUCCAUCCUCCACUUACUCUUUACGUGGACUCCUGUGUUGCCACGCUGAAGCCCGACCCUCUGUCUUUACCAAGCUAUACAUUUAUCACUAAGCAUGGAUGUCUAAUGGACAGUGUAUUGCCAGGGUCCUCAUCCAAAAUCCUUCCCAGGGAGCAAAACAACAGACUGUGCUUCAGUGUCCAAGUCCCCCGCUUCAACCAGGAGUCUGGAGACCAGCUGUUCAUCACCUGCCACCUGAAGGUCACCCUGACACCAAACUCACCCAGCCACCUCGACAAGGCCUGCUUUUUUCAUGGUCCUACAUUCAGAUGGCGUUCAGCAGACAGAGAUGAUGCUUUCUGUGAGUGCUGUGAGUCUGAUAACUGCUUGAGAUACACUGAAGGAGGGAACAGUGGCACCACUGGACACAGACCUCCCCCAAAUACAGGAAGGAGGCAUGAGGUAGACGCGACAGUUGGGCCCCUCCUCACCCUGCAGCAGUCCCACUGGACAGGACGUCUGUCAGUCGGUCCUUAAAGAGCCUCUCUCUAUCUUGUCAAGGUGGGUGCGGAGAUUGUCAACAACCAAACCAUGAGUUUGAAAAUAAAGCAUCCAUCACAUACAGUG